AUGCCGGCGGUGGUGACGAUGACGCGCGUCGCCGGCGCGGACGCGGCGAUGGAGAUGGAGAAGACGAACCGACAACAGAAUGCGCUCGUGGCGAGGAUGGAGUAUCACGCGCGACGCGCGACGGAGACGGCGCGGGCGCUCGCGGAGGCGAGAGACGCGCUAGAGUGCGCGGGGAAGGAGGCGAAAUGCGAGCGCGAGCGGGCGAACGCGGCGACGGCGGCGUGCCAAUCGUUGCGAAGGGAGCUUGGACGAGCGCAGAGGCUUAAUUUAGACUCAGAGCGUAAGGCGCGGUACGAGCUCGAACGCGGAGCGAAAGCGCGAAAGGCGCUGAUGGAGAUGGUGCAAGACGCGAAAAAGGAUGUGAAGGACGCGCGAGGCGAGUUGAAGGCUUCGAACGAGCGCGCGAGGCUCAUCGAAGAAUGGGCCAAGCGAAGAGACGCGGCGGCGACGCAUGCGGCGGCUCGAUUACGCCGAAUGAUGGAAGACGCGCAGGCGCUCGCGCGACGACUGAAGGUAGUCACCGACGAAAACGUACGUCUACGACGUCGUUACCUUCGUGAUCGCGCCGAACUCGACGACGCGAAUGAGUAUUCAGAACGCCUUGAAACGGACUGGACGACGCGCGACGGAGCUAAAAUCGUCGUGCGUAACCCCAUCUUCGCCGGCGCGUGCGACGAUGCCGACGUCGACGUGCGCGACGACGAUUUGUAA